UUCCCCGCUGCUGCCGACGUGGGGCUGGCAGCCGCAAGCGGUUAGGGGCCCCGGUGUGGGUGCGGAGCGGGAGGCGGGGAUGGGGGGACUGCGGCUGCUGGCGGUGGCCCUCACGUGCUGCUGGUGGCCGCACGGCAGUGACCAUGCUCUUCUGUGUGUCAGAAUCAACAACAUACCAGUAGCUAUUGGAAAAGAAGCUAAACUCUACCUGUUUCAAGCCCAGGAAUGGCUGAAGUUGCAAGAAAACAGUCAUGAUUAUAGUUGUAGUGAAAAAUUAGCCAAAGCUCAGUUGACAAUGGCCAUGAACCAGACAGAACACAAUAUGACAGUGUCCCAGAUUCCGUCUCCACAGACUUGGCACGUGUUUUAUGCAGACAAGUAUACAUGCAAAGAUGACCAAGAGAAUGCUCAGGUGGAAGAUAUUCCAUUUGAAAUGGUAUUAUUAAAUCCAGAUGCCGAAGGAAAUCCAUUUGAUCAUUUUAGUGCUGGGGAAUCUGGGUUACAUGAGUUCUUUUUCCUUCUAGUCCUAGUGUACUUUGUGAUUGCUUGCAUUUAUGCUCAGUCAUUGUGGCAGGCUAUUAAGAAAGGAGGACCCAUGCACAUGAUUUUAAAGGUUCUGACAACUGCAUUGCUGUUACAAGCUGGUUCAGCUUUAGCUAAUUACAUUCAUUUCUCCAGUUACUCAAGAGAUGGAAUAGGGGUACCUUUUAUGGGAAGUUUGGCAGAAUUUUUUGACAUCGCUUCCCAAAUUCAGAUGUUAUACCUCCUUCUAAGUCUGUGCAUGGGUUGGACAGUAGUCAGGAUGAAAAAGUCUCAGAGCCGACCUCUCCAGUGGGAUUCUACUCCUGCCUCCACUGGCAUAGCAGUAUUCAUUGUCAUAACACAGAGUAUUUUGCUAUUUUGGGAACAGUUUGACGAUACCAGUCAUCAUAGCUACCAUUCACACCACAACUUAGCAGGAAUCCUUCUAAUCAUUUUAAGGAUUUGCCUGGCAUUGUCCUUAGGCUGCGGACUCUAUCAGAUCAUCGCUGUGGAGAGAAGUACGCUCAAAAGGGAGUUCUACAUCACGUUCGCCAAAGGCUGUAUCCUGUGGUUUUUAUCCCAUCCAGGUCUUGCAUGUAUUUCUCUCAUUUUUAGUGACUUCCAAAGAGAUAAGGUUGUUACAAUAGGAGUUAUCCUUUGCCAGUCUGUUUCCAUGGUUAUUCUCUACAGACUCUUCCUAUCGCACAGUCUCUACUGGGAAGUCUCUUCACUGUCCUCAGUCACACUCCCACUAACCAUAUCGUCAGGACACAAAAGUCGCCCUCAUUUCUGACACUUGAUCUUUGUGGAAAGAAAAAGUAAAUUGGUUAAAAGAGUGCAAUAAGGACCCAAAUACAAUGACCUUUUUUUUUUUACACGUGGUCUGAAAAAUUGAGCAAUGAAAGCAGAGGAUAUUAUUUAUAUAACUGCAUUUAAGCAGUACCAAAACUGAAAGAGGUAAUAAAUGAAAUGCUUUGGAAUAUGCUUAAACAAUAAACUGUCCAGAAAAAGUGUUAUUAGAAGAUGGCUAAAACAAUUUUCAUGUGGAAAUAAAUGUGAAGAAGAGUAUGAUAUUUUGGUAAGAUGUUCACCACUUAUAAUGCCUCGUCUUAUAUCAGCAGCUAACUCAGGUCUGUUUGUCUUCUAAAAAGUAAUCAGUUAUAUGAUUACUUGCUUAUACAUAUCUAAACUAGUUCAGUUAUGAAAUCAGUAUAACAAUGCACUGAUUAAAAACUGCUUUUUUUUAUGCUCUAAGGAAAAUGCAUUUCAUAUUGGAGUUUAAAGGAACUUAAAGUGAAAUUACUUCAGAAACUAUAAAGUAUAUUCACAGUUAAGUGAAUAAGCUUUUGUUUAUUUGUAAGUGGGGUUAUUCUCCAGUUUUUUUCUAUCAUUUUGGGCUCCAGUUUAGGUUUUAGCUUGAUUAGCAAAGGCUUUUUAACAAAUAGUAUUUGAAAAUAAAAUUUAAAUACAUGGAUUGUAAGGACAAAGGAUUUUUAAAUCUGAGCACUUAAGUGAAGGGACAAACAGUUUUGUGUAUUUAAAAAGAAAGAAGGAAAAGGUACUAUGUAAUAUAGUACUAAAAUCUUAAUCCUGAUAUAAUUCAUUUCUCUUACAUUGAAUCCCCAAUGAUAAUUAAGCCAUAUACACAGAUUAAAUUAACAGAAGCAUUUCACAUAAAUGUUGGUUUCAGUCAUCAACUACCCAUGAAUUCCAGCCCAAGGAUACUUAAUCAGGAUUAAAUUUUCUAUGAAUAAUUGAAAAACAAAAUACUCACUGGAUUUGUUAUAAUCCAUGUUGGCACUGGAUUCUAAGUAGUUGCCAUCUUGAAUCCUUUGUAAUAAAGCCAUAUUUUUGUGUGUGCGUGAGAUGCCCCAGUACUGAGUGUGCUAGCUAUAAAAUAUCAAGUGCCCAAUUGAAGAAUUCCUGAAUGGUUGUCAGAAACUACUGUAUAAAAUGAGUGUUCCCAUUUAAUAGUCACUGAUCGGAAAUAACUCUGUUGCUAUUUAUCAAGUUGUUCAGGCCUUUUCAUUUUGAUUUACUUCAGCUUAUUUAAAAAGUUUUUUUUUUUAUCUACUUACUACAUAUUUAAGAAAAACAGUACAGUGACCUGGUAAUCGAACUUUUACUUUAAAUAGCUAAAAUAGUGUAGUACAACUGAAAAACAGAUGGUUUUGUCUUUGUUUUUCCCUGGCACCUAGUUGCACUGGAAAGAAAGUCUGCUUUCUUUUAAAAGCCAAAUAUGUUUGUGACUAGCAAAAUGGCCAAGUACCAAAGUUGAGCCUGCUCAUUAAAUCAUCUCGUAGUUCCUUGAGAGACAUUUAAUAAAUGAGAGCUUACAGGUUAAGACUAGAAAAUCUGAGGUUUGUUUCAGGUUUAUGUGAUCUGCCGAAUGGGCAUGACCUUUUUCUUUCACCAUGUCUCACUAAUAACCACAGUUAUUGUCUGUUGUGUUCAACUGAGAUUAAUUAAGCUUAAAAAGAAAGCGAAGCCUUUUCAUAAAUUUUGUGGAUUUGUAAAAUGGGAAGGAAAAAUCUUGUUGUUAUUUUACACAAAGAACAUAGUAACUAAUCAACAUGUUGAAAUCUACUAGGUUUGCAUUUAUGAAACUUGAACAAGUUUUUUUUUUUUUACUUGUUUUUUAACUUAUGGUUAGAAUUGCUAAUAAUUUAUUUUGUUAUUGAGAAA